AUGCAGCCUGAGGGCGAAGAGGCGCUGCAGCACCCUUCUGCAGCAUGGGGUCUUGAGGAAACAGAGGAAGGAGGGUCCACUAGCAUCUCGGUGGACGCAUCAGGUUAUCAAACGGGCCCUCAGGGGGGCUCCUCAGAGGGCCCUGGCAGCGGCCGUCGCCGGCGA